AACUCAAUUUUGACCUUUUCUAAAUGCCAGUUACCUGCUCAUCUGCCCUCCUUUCUUAAACCAAACCAAGCGCUCCAAGCAAACGCGGCAUCCCUGCAUCAUUGACUUUGAGCUGAGUGGUUGACUUCGUGGUUUGGAGGCAUCGACCCAUCAUCUGGUUCUUGUGUUCUUGCUACAAUCAAUCGAGGUUUUGGCUGCUUCGGAUUUCCUGCAAACAUUAGCAGGGUGCGAAUUUGGUAGGUAGUUCCAGGGAAUACUUGAACAUUGCACUGAAUUUUGUGAAAAUUAGCGGUUAUCCGGAAUGGAGAACCAGCCAGGUCACCCUCAGCUCGGUAUGUUGGAUCGAGGGUUUCGCCCAUUCCCUUCAAUGUUGUUUCCGACGCUAGUUACAGAGCAACAACAUCCCGUUUCUUCAGUCAACACAGCAUCAAUUCAGAUGCCGCCUCUGCCAUAUCAUCCCGAGCCAAACGGCAGUAGCAUAUGCCCAGCUGAUGAUGGCUACAUCUGGAGGAAGUAUGGGCAGCAGACAAUUCCGGGUUGGAGAUGCCCACCGAUCUACUAUGAAUGCGCCCAAGCAAACUGCGGUGUCAAGAAAUCGGUGGCAUUCUCUGCGGAUGGUCAGGUUCUUGAGACGGUUGUCAGGGGUAGUCACAACCACCCACGUCCAUCAGAAAGGUGGCCAAGAGAUGGCCGCGCUGGAUUCGGACCAGGUUCUCAAGAUUAUGUGCUACCAGAGGUAUCAGCAGCAGCAGGGAUUUUAAUGCCUCGGAUGGGAGAGCAACUGCCCAGUUCAAGCAAUAGCGAGGAAGACGAUGAUGGUGGAGCAACAGCCAACGGAGAUUUUGCCGGUGAUGCCAGUGCAACGGAAAGACAUGUGCGAGCUCCAGGUGAAAGGGUCACUGUGCAAACCGAGGGUGGAAAUUCUCACCAAAGUGAAAGAAGAAGAUCAAAGUCCAAGGUGUGGGAGGAAUUUAGUGCUGUGUUAAGCGAUGGAAAAAUUCGAAGUGCAGAAUGUAAACAUUGUAAAAAGCGCCUUAGUGGAAAAAGUUCGGGGGGAACAAGCCAUCUGCGCCGACAUCUCAAGAUCUGUCCUGCACAACCUGCAACAGAUAGGGUGAAGCAAGGACAGUCAUCGUCACAUCCUGAUUCAUCUGUUGAGAAGCAUUGGAAAUUUGAUCAGGAUAAAUCUUUUGAAUUGCUUAUCAAGGUUUUAGUCUCCAAUCUUUGUUCCUUUCCGUUGACAACCAGCACAACAUUUAGGCAAUUUUUGGCUGGCAUCUGUCCCACAUAUGAUGUGGUACCGCAAGGUGCUAUACAGGAGAAGUUUCUCAGUAUUUUUCAGAAUGAACAGCUGAAACUGAAGAUGGAAAUAGCCCUUGCACCUGGGGGAGUUUUCCUGACAGUAGCAAAUUGGUCUAUUGAAUAUAAAGACUUCAUCAGUGUGACGGUGCAUUUUAUUGACAAAGAAUGGAACAUGAAUAGAAAAAUCAUCAGAUGUACCUUUGCUGGGUGUGAGUUUGAGAAUGAGUACUAUGUUAGCAUGUUUCCCGAUUGGAAAUCCUUCCGCAAUAUGACUACGGAAAAUAGCACAGCAGCCGCAGAAGAAAUAGUAAAAGAAGUAGUACCGAACUGGAAUCUUGAGCGGAAGCUUUUAGGAAUUUCAUUUCACAAGUCAUUGGUUGAUGUACCUAUUUUGGGCUUGGAAAACAAUAUUACAGAACAGAAUUACCUCCUUGCCAAAUGUAAGUUAUUAAGUUUACCUUGCAUAAUAGGUGCUCUUCAUGACUUUUUUGGUUACGACAUCGACGAAUCUGUCCUGGAAACAAGCCGGAACUGGUUUCAGUACAUGACAUGCUCCCCACUGAGUACGGAUAAAUACAAAGAAAUCCUUUCACAGCUGCAAAUAAACCGACCUUCUUUUGGUUCAGAGUACUGGCACUUGACUUUCUACUUAUUGGAGGCUGCUUUGCAGUUUAACAAGGUUCUGACAAACCCUGAACGGAUAAGUCUAGAAUAUUUUUCAUCUAAGCCACCUUGUACACAGCUAAAAGUAGCAGAGGACUUUUGUGAUGUUGUAAGGCCGAUUUACCAUGCAAUUAAAGAGGUUUCCAGCCCUUGCAAUGUGACAUUAAAUUCACAUUUUCACGCAAUUUGGAAGUUGAAGAUAGCUCUGCUGGGUUCAUCUAGAAAGGAAAAUAUCAACCAAGUUUUGAAUGUUGAACAAAUGCAGAUGAAGUUUGAUCAGCUUUGGAAGAAAUGGUACCUAUGGCUAUCUUUAGCUGUUGUUCUAGAUCCCAGAUAUAAAAUCAAGUUUCUUGUUUUUCGCUUCAAGGAAGCUUUUGGUGGCCAUGCCAAAAGGUACAUCUUUGAAGUGCGUGGAAAGUUGUAUGAGCUCUUUCUUCAGUACACUUGUCAUGUUGAUCAGCAAAAUGGUGAGCAUUUAAAUCAGAGAAACAAUGAUUUACAGUUGGAUACACAUGGUAGUGUACCAGUACGUGACACCAGUCAAAAUUACAUUGAGCAAGCAGCACAUGAGGAAUUGGGAGAGCUCAUUGGGUACCUUGAAGGAGAGAUUAUUCCUCAAAAUGACCAUUUUGAUAUUCUGAAAUGGUGGAAGGACAAUGCUUCAGUGUACCCAGCGCUUGCCCGGCUGGCACGUGAUAUCUUAGCAAUACCUGUAUGUGCAGUUUCUGCUGAAUCUGCAUUUCACGAAAAUGAUGAACGAGUGAGCCUUUUCAAACGAAAAAUGAGCCCUGAAGUAGUUGAGGCCCUCAUCUGUACCCAGGAUUGGAUCAAAUCUUCAGAAAUAAGUGAUGACGAUGGCGGAAACAUAAAUAUGCCUACUUAACUCAUGGCAUGUUCAAUUCAUACAAAUGAAGAACUCAUCGAAGACGGUAGAAGAACUUGUGAGUGCAGUGGUGAAAGCAUAUGAAGAAUAUCCGACGGAUCGGUCCAAUCAUGUCUUUCUCACUCAACAAUCUUGCAUGAGAGAAAUUAUACGAGAGAAGGGCAGCCAACACUACGUCAUUCCACAUAUGCAGAAGAAAAUGCUAGAGAGGAAUACGAGCUUCCAAGAAGUCUAAAAUGUGAUACUCAUAUUGUAGAAGAAGCCAGGGUGUACUUGAAUUAGUCUUCUGUAGUUUUAAUUUGGCUUUUUGGUUAGCUACUUGUUCACUACUUGAUCAAGAUGUUUUAUGGACUAAAUCAAAUUGUAGUUUAAUUUCUGAUGGAAUCACAAAGAACAUCAUAUGUUUACGCA